AUGUCAACUUCUUCUCCGAUACUGAAAAUACAAGGCAUUGAAGAUUUACCUGAUAUUGGCGAAUGGCCCAGAUGGUGGCGGGGUGUCACAUCGUUGUAUGCUGCUGACAUUGCCAUCAAUCAUAUUUAUUCAGCAACUCUUGGCCAUCAACAUGAAUCGAAUGCUCUAGAUCACCCAUCUUAUUCGACCGACUCAGUAUGGAAUGCUUGGCAUAUUCAUUGCUUACAUAAUGAGGAGUAUUUUGCCAAAUUCAAACAUCGAGAAGAGUUACAGGAAUUCCUAAAACGUAAACAAGAAGAUCGAAUCACAGAAAUGGUCAAUGCUAGCUCGAGAGAUGUGUUUCUAUCUGGUGUUGUAAAUGAAUAUGAAAAGACACAAAUGAAUAAUGAAAUUCCAAAGGGCAAUACAACAGUUCGUGAUUACGUCACAGCAUUGGCAUGGCGAAAAGCUUAUUCAGCUAUUGGCGCCAUUAAUAUGGAUUAA